AUGACAGUUGCUACUACAGCCACCAAAAUCAAAGUUGCCAAUCCCAUUGUCGAGCUCGAUGGUGAUGAGAUGACCAGAGUCAUCUGGAAGUCUAUUCGUGAAAAGCUCAUUCUUCCAUACCUUGAUGUCGAUCUCAAGUACUACGAUUUGGGUAUUGAGUACCGUGAUGAGACCAACGACCAAGUCACUAUUGAUGCUGCCAAUGCCAUUUUGAAGUACCAAGUUGGUGUCAAGUGUGCUACCAUCACUCCUGACGAGGCCCGUGUCAAGGAAUUCCACCUCAAGAAGAUGUGGCUCUCUCCCAAUGGUACCAUCCGUAACAUUCUUGGUGGUACUGUUUUCCGUGAGCCCAUUGUCAUUCCUAGAAUCCCUCGUUUGGUUAGUGGCUGGGAAAAGCCAAUUAUCAUUGGUCGUCAUGCUCAUGGUGAUCAAUAUAAGGCUCAAGAUGCUGUUAUCAAGGAGGCUGGUACUCUUGAAUUAGUCUUUACCCCCAAGAAUGGCGGUGAGGCCCAAAAGAUCAAGGUCUAUGAAUACAAGGAAGAUGGUGGUGUUGCUCUUGCUAUGUACAACACUGACGAGUCCAUUCGUGGCUUUGCUCAUGCUUCUUUUAAAUUGGCUCUUGAGAAGGAGUUGCCUCUUUACAUGUCUACUAAGAACACUAUUCUUAAAAAGUACGAUGGUCGUUUCAAGGAUAUCUUCAACGAGCUUUACGAGACUACUUACAAGAAGGAGUUCGAGGCCAAGAAGAUCUGGUACGAGCACCGUUUGAUCGAUGAUAUGGUCGCCCAAAUGAUCAAGUCGAGUGGUGGUUAUAUCAUGGCUCUCAAGAACUAUGACGGUGAUGUUCAAUCUGACAUUGUUGCUCAAGGUUUCGGUUCUUUGGGUCUUAUGACUUCUGUUCUUAUUACUCCUGAUGGCAAGACUUUCGAGUCCGAGGCUGCUCACGGAACUGUCACCCGUCAUUACAGACAAUAUCAGCAAGGAAAGGAGACCUCUACCAACUCCAUUGCUUCUAUCUUUGCUUGGACUCGUGGUAUCAUUCAACGUGGUAAACUCGACAAUACUCCUGAUGUUGUCAAGUUCGGUGAGGCCCUCGAGAAGGCCACUGUCGACACUGUCCAAGUUGACGGCAUCAUGACCAAGGAUCUUGCUCUCGCCUGUGGCAAGACUGACAGAUCCAGCUAUGUUCUCACUGAGGAGUUCAUUGACGCCGUUUCCUCGCGUUUCAAGAAGACCUUCUCCUCUUAA